UCAUCUGGGCAUUAAGGAAGUACAGUUCGGAGGGUCGGAGUUUCAGAGCUGGAACGACAGCUUGAAUACUGAAGAAGCUGGAUACAGUGUCCAGAAGAUCUAGAAAGCAGAGUCGUGCGAUUGUAGAAGCAGCUACCAUUUUGGUAACCUGGAGGAUCCAACAACGAUUUACUGGAUAAAAUCACGCCUCACUUGAUCUUGACGCACUAAUCUUGCAAUUGAAAAGGACGACGGCCUCCCCACCAUUGCUAAUUGCUAAGCAUGAAGGAUGAUGUCUAUAUUGUUGUGCAAACGACCUGUUUUGGUCUCCGCCUACAGGAUACCAACGACUCAAGUUGGACAAGUGUAACAUGUUGGCCUGUUUGUUGUGCUGAAACACGCUCACUCGAGUUUCUCCGUCUGGAUGAAAUGUUACCAGUGAGAUGAUUGUUAAAUAUUGUCGCCUAUUAUUGUCUA